AUGGGAACAACAGCGGAGGAACUGUCCCGGCUUUGGGAGAAUCUCACUCUAAUGGAGGAAGAAGGUGCAGAUUUGACCAUUGGGGAAUCUGAUCUAGCCCCUCUGGCAGCGAGAGAAGUCUCUUGUGUUGUUGGGAAACUAUUAGCAGAUCGAGUUGUGGGGAAGGACGUGAUCAAAACACCACUAAUCCGGGCUUGGCACCCAAAUGACUGGAUCUCUUUUAAGGCGUUAGGUGCAAACUUAUUUCUAAUCGAAUUUGGGAAUGAAUGUGAUAAAGUCCGGAUUUUAGAAGGCCGGCCAUGGAAGUUUGAUGAUCAUCUAUUUGCCAUAGUGGAUUAUGAUGGAGUAACUUCGCCUUUCGAAUUGGAGUUUGAUAAGGCGUCUUUCUGGGUACGCAUGUUUGGCCUUCCGCUGUCUUGUAUGGGCAGAGAGGUGGGGAUGAAGAUUGGUGCUUCGGUGGGAGAGGUUGAAGAUAUCGAUGUUACAGAAGAAGGAGUGGGGUGGGGGGAGUUUCUGAGGGUUCGGAUUCGUCUGGACCUCUCAAAACCGCUCUCACGUGGGAGAACCAUUAACCUUCGGGGUAAAUCCUUAUGGAUUGCUUUUCAAUAUGAAAAGAUCCCCCAAUAUUGCUAUACCUGUGGGGUCAUAAAGCAUGGCAAGCAAGGUUGUGGAGGAACUGCAGGAUGGAGAAUCAAUGGGGGAGAGAAAAAAGUCGAAUUUGGUCUUUGGCUUCGGGUUCCAUCACCGACGAGGAGACAUGGGAGGGGUGGCGGCUGGGCUACUGGAAGUGGUAACAGAUAUGGGGAUCCAGCAGGAACUUGCUAUGGCGAUCGGGGACAAAGAAAUAGAUAUGGGCAAAGGAGGGAAGCGGAGCCGGAGAAGGAUCCACAUGAUGGCGAUUCAUCGGAAAACUCCAAAACUCCGGUGAGGGCUAGCUUCGGAAAAUCCCAUGAGCGCAGCCCUUCUAUUAGCCCAAAUCUCCGGAACGCUAAUUAUGGGAGGCUGAAAUUACGGGAUGAGGAGCUGAUUGAGGAUGGAGAUUCGGGCGGAGUUAAUGGUGACAUUAAUUCUUGUCCCAACGGGGGAAAGCGUGUUCACACAGAAGCUUUCGAAGGCAUUCAAAACGUAAAUUAUGGGAGGUUACAGCUUCGGGAUGAAGAGAAUAAUGAGGGUGACAAUUUAGGAGCGAAUUAUGAUGGUGUAAAUUCUUGUCCUAAUGGGGAGAAGAAUAUCAAUGUCGCCGAUUUGGGAGCCAAGCCGAGGAGCCAUUCUUUAAAGGAAAAUUGUAUAGAGGGGGAACGUAACAUAUACGUGGGCCAAUGGGAUUCCAUUAAGGAAAAAAUGAUAUGGGCAACUGUUGACAAAAGGGUUGAUUUAGAUGACAUCAGGGGUGGGGGCUUAGCUGGCAGUAAGACUCCUCUACCUCCUGUCGGCCAAAACAAUGUGUCACCAGCCUUUGUUUUUGGAACGACCAAUGUGCAGGGUAGUAAUCACGUGGCUUCUCCAAAGAGCAAAAAACUGAAAACUCCAAUGAGACAAAAGUAUGAACAUGGUAGCAUGGAUGUACGUAGAGGCAUGGGGAAUAAUGGUUUGGGAAAAUGA